ACUAACAAAACCAUCUACCAUCGACACGAAAUAGGUACCUAACAGAAAACAGAGUCUGAGUUGUCUCACUGCGACUGCUGGAGACCGGAGUUUCAGCAGUUCAUUUUUGAGUGCCUUCGAAGUAGGACUAUGGAGCUCAAGACUGUUGAAAAACUGAUUUCCUUGGUCAGAGAGAGGCCAACUAUCUAUGGACCACGUCCAAAGAGAGGCAAGAAGAAACACCAGAGGAUACUUGAUGCACUUUGGGGUGAAAUAGCUAUUGAGAUGAAUCGACCUGUGCGCCAAUGUAAACUAAAAUGGACUACCUUAAGAAACUGUUAUGCAAGGCUAUUACGCGAAGAACGUUCCCACAAAGUAAAAAAAAGACAUUGGCAUCUUAGAAACGAAAUGAAUUUCUUGAGAGAUCACAUACAACCGUACACCGAAAGCAGGUUAAAGCUGUUAUCAAAACGCACAAAUUCAUUACGUUGUAAAAUAUCAAAAUCUGAUAAUUCCACAACGAAUUGCUCAAUUGAUCAAAAUUCUUUUACAUCUUCUAUAAUUGAACAACAAAAAGAUUGUUCCUCAAAUGAUUUAUAUCAAAAUCCACAAGUACCAGAGUUUAUAAUUGAGGAAACAAACGAGCAAUGCAACAACACCAACAACAACAACUGGGAGCAGGAAGAAAAUUUGCCAGAAAAUAAUGAAACACUUAAUUUUAGUCCAGUGAUCAAAAUCAAUCCAUUUUCGUUAAGUGAAAGAAUAAAUGAAUCAUCAGAGGAUACUUUUCAACCAAAAAAUAAAAAUGAACAAUCCGAAUCAAAUAGUUUGUUCUUACGAAGUUUAUUAGCUGACUUAAAUAAACUUUCCGGUAGAAAACAACGAAUUUUUAAGCGAAAAACUUUAGAAGUGCUAGAAGAUUUAUUUAACGAAGGAGAAUAUGAUAUUCCUAGAGAUGAAAGUAAUGUUAGACAAUGCCAACUAACGAGAUCUAACUACAACUUUCAACAACAACAAGCAGUUAUAGCUGAAAAAUUCGUUCACAAAACGGAACCUACAAGUCCAUAGAUAAUAAAAAUGUAAAGAUGCAUGUGAUUUAAAAAAAUAAUUUCUUACUUAGAAAAGCAAAAUUAGUCCUGUCGAAAGUAUACAAUCAGCUCCAUUCGAGAUCGUAGAAUUUCGAUUAAAAAAUCAAAUUGUGACAGCGUUUUUUUUAGGCAGUAAGGACUGGAUACAUAUUAUUUUACUGUAAUUAUACAAAUAAAUUUAUUAAUAGAAUUUGAACAGAUUUAUAAAAUAUUUCUGUCUGAGAGCUUUGUAUAUUUUUAUAUUAAUUUAAGAUGCUAUAAAACUGUUUAAAUGUGCACAAGAAGUUUUUU